AUGAUUGAUCGUUUUAUUAAUCUGCGAGAUCUAGUCGAAGAAAUUUUUUACAAAAGAGAUAUAAAUGGUUUAACAACAGCUCAACAAGUAGAAAUUCGUGCACUUUUUAUUAGUCAUGACGAUUGGGAUGUGUUGGUUGCUAUUCACGAUUGUCUUAAACCAUUCGAAAAAGCAACAACUAUGCUAUCAGGACAAUAUCCAACACAAUCUUUGGCUUACUUUUCGUUGGAGGUGAUCAAAGCUGGUGUUCAAAAACCAUCCUAUCCAUCACAUUACCAUACACUGGCACAUGAAAGUUUAAGAUUGGAGUAUCAGUAUUAUCUUGAUGAAUUUAUUCCCGAUGAACAAAAAGAUUGUAUGAAGGUGAGUAAAGCUACUUGUACCUUUUAA